AAGAAAUCGCCCGUGAUGACCAGUUGGAUCCCGCCCCAUGGCUGCCCAUUGUUCCGAAUAACCCGACCAAUCUGUGACAGUUUGUCGAAAAGUUCUCCAUCCACCAUGGAGAUUUCGUCGAUAAUGAGCACCUUUGUCUUGAGCCACCUAUUUUUGGCUUUUGGGUUCCGCCGAAUUUUCCUCACCAGAACAUCGGCGUCUUCUUUCCCAAGCCCAAUACCGGCGAAACUGUGCAGAGUCAUUCCGCCAAUGUUGCAAGCGGCCAGACCGGUGGAGGCCGUGACGGCGAUCCGCUCGGGAUUCCUGGCGUACCGCUUCUUGAGAUCCCGAAUGAUGGACCGCAUCAACACCGAUUUUCCCGUGCCGGCGGGGCCCGUGAAAAAUACACUGCGGCCCUUUUCCACCACAAGCUCCUGGACGCGACUCUGCUCCGUACUGAGUGCGAUAGGGGCAUUGGGCAGGACGGAUUUCGUGGCUUCCCUCAUGUCUUCCAGAGACACAUAG